GUCGCUGCUCACAUCCCAAUCCGGUGGAUGGUUAUGCAUGUACAAGUAAAGUACCGUGCCACGGUAUGAUCUCGCAUGAUGUCCGGAGGUACAUGCACGGGAUGCAAUUGCUAUUUUGAUCAUCUUCAUGGUUGCUUUCAAUCCAUUUUCUAAAUCCUUAAUUUGUCUUUCAUAAAGGAGAGAACUAACAAUCAUGGGGACAACACCGUGCGAUGAAGAUUGGUUUAUUUCCAACGACGAAACGAAAAAUACAUCCUAUUCCUUUCCCGCGCUGGAGAGCAUUGGCUUUGCACAAACUGUAGACAAAGCGGGAAAGCAGCUGCCUCUAGUCCUCGAAUUAAUACCAUUGCCGCUAUUGUCGGAGAACAAUGAACAAAUGCCGGUGGGUGCGAGGGGAUGGUACGCGUCGGCGGUCCUGAGCGCCAUGAUGAUGGUCGCCUGUAGCAGGAACAGCAACGGCGGCAGGGAGGGAGAAUCAGGGGAAGGGGUCCUCCCAAACGACGGAAGCGAUUCACGGGACAGCAGCGGAUCCAGGGGAAUUGACUUGAUGAGGGAAGAUCUGAAACGGGCUUUUACACAUAGCAAUCUCAAGGUAGCAAAAACGGGUAGAAACGAUGAUAAUAUCUUUUUGGAACUAGGCAGUGGCACCAUAGGCCUCUCUGGCAUGGCAAUGGCAUGGAUCCUAGCCCAGCUUCAGCAAAAAACUUCCUUGCUGCAAGAGGAUAUAUCCUGUUCGAACAACAAGGUCGUUUUGACGGAUUAUGAUGAAAUGUGUUUGAAGCAACUCGAACGAAACGCUGAAGGAACCCGCCAAGCACUUUCCAGAUACUUCUCAGAAUCCGAAUUCAGUAAUGAAUGCGGGGACGGCAAGGAGAACCACAAUGCGAGCGCAAACAAAAACACGAGCGCAAAUGGAAACAAUAGAAUUGCACCGGACAUCGACGUCGCGCAUCUGGACUGGAACGAAUACGACCAAGAUCAAUCUCCGGUGCUCUGGGACAAGGACAACUCCAGCAGCGGCGACGGUGCCGACGAAAGCAACCAGCGCGGUAUUGUUUCCUUUGCUUGCGGCGCUGCACUGGUCUACACGGAAGCAACAUCCAGCUGUGCCAACCAGGUGGCGAAACUCCUGAGGCUCCACCCGCAAUGCGUCGUUUGGGUCGUCCAGUGGCCGCGGGGUGGCUGGUUCAGCGUCUUUCAGCAGGAACUCACGUCGAAGCGGAACGAGCGCGACGGACUCCAAAUCCGCGUAGAGAAAUUCGGCCCCGAGUCGUCCCCAGAGCUCUUCUCGGACGAAAUACAGGGAUUGGCGUCGACGCUGAUGCCAGAAUCGAUGCAGCAAGAAGGCCGCAUGGACAUUAAGUAUUUGCGCGCCGUUCGCAUCACGAACCACAAGGACACGGUGCUUCUGAGCGAAAACACAAAAAUUGGUGGAUGAUAGAAUGACUGCAGCACCGAAUGGCCGCGAUGACUAACACU